AUGCCGAGGAAAGGCAGCAUAAAAACCAAGACUGGAUGUUUCACUUGCAAGGCACGAAAAGUCAAAUGUGAUGAGGCCAAGCCACAUUGCCGGAGAUGUUCAACAACGGGCCGCCCGUGUGCUUAUCCGCCCCCACCGACAGGCCAGGCAGCGUACUCGUGGGACGAACUCCUCACGCUGGGGGUGUCGACCGCGAUGACCCUCAAGCGGCGCACACCGAUCGGGCUGUACGGAGCGGACCAGACAGAAAGGCGGGCCCUGGAGUUCUUCCGGCUGCAGGUCGCCCCCGUGCUCAGCAGACACUCCUCCGGCGGCGUCUGGAAGCAGCUGGCGUGUCAGGUCGGGCAGCAGGAGCCAGCUGUGCGGCACGCCCUGGCAUGCAUCAGCUCGCUGUACGAGGGGCUGAGCGACACCAGCUCCGGCUUCCUCAGGACCUCGCGGGAGAAGUUCGCCCUGACGCAGUACAACAAGGCGCUGAGCCUGGUGGCCGCGCCGAGGGUCGACCAGAAUAUUGUCCUCUUCGUGUGCCUGCUCUUCAUCACGAUCGAGACCAUACUGGACAAUUCCGACAUGGGCCUGCAGCACUGUCGUCACGGGAUCAACCUCUGCAAUGCCCUGCCGGCGGAGGCUGGAGGGUGGGCCAAGGAUGAGCUGCGGUCCAUCUUUCUCCGCCUGGCCACGGUGCCAUAUUUCUUUGGCACGGAGGUUGGAGAAUUUCCUGAACCGGUCGGGCUGAUGCCUGAUUUGGAGGAAGGAGACGGUGAUGCUGCGGUCAAGAACUCAGCGUGGGAAGCGCUGGUUCAUCGAGCUGUUCUUCUCAUCCGAAGGGGCGCCGUCUACAGUCACCAGACGUUGAUCAACGAGGUCGUCCCGGACUCCCUCCUUCAAGAGCAGCAAUAUGUCCUCAAGGCCUUGUCGAAAUGGUGCCAGCGGUUCAAGGCACAGAGGGCUGGUCUGCUGCCUGGUUCUGAGGCAUUCGAGACCCAGCUCUGGCACGAGAUGCACUGUAUUGUCGGCCGGGUCUGGGCCGCCUGUUGCAUCAGCUACAGCCAGAUGCUAUACGACGAGUACGACGAACAGUUUGAGGAGAUCCUGCAGCUCUCCGAGCAGAUCAUCGACGCAAGACGCACGGCCGCUGAUUCCAGACCCAAGUUCAUCUUCGAGAUGGGCUUUAUGCCGCUGCUCUACUUCGUCGCCAAGAGCUGCCGCCGCCUCGACCUGCGCCUCGCCGCCCUCCGCCACACGCUGGAGCUGGCGUGCGAGAGGGAAAGCUUCUUCAAGACACGGGCCAUGUACAGCGCCGUGAUCCGCUGUAUCGAGGUGGAACACGGGAUAUUGCUCGACCCAGCACGGCCCGACCACCCCAACCCUUCUGCAGAACCGAGGCCGCCCGACGAUGUACGCAUCCGGCUUGCCGAUCUCACAGACGAGGUGGAGAACAGAGUUGAGAGCGACGGGCAAGUCUACGAGUAUAGAAAGGUCUGCUUUUUGGUCCGGCCGGGUGCUGUCGUCCCUGGCUUCGUGGAGUGGGUGAAAGUGAGACCUUGGCCCAACAUGGCAGACUCACCUCUGCGGAUAAGUUGGUCGGCCAGCAGCACGGCAACUCCUGAGCCUGAAGUCCCGAUAUAGGAUUUGGCAGACCGCUUUGGAGAAGCGGUCGAUACUGGCAUCACAAUGGCGUGCGAGUACAGCACGGCCUAAGGAACUUGUUUCAAUCAUGUAACCCCCCUUGGGAUGUCCGAAUCCACAGGAUCUUCUAGUAAAGCAAAGAAAUACUAGAAUCCUCUGCUUGAACCACUGAUUUAGCCGUAUUCAGUCAAAGCUUUUCAACAGUAUAAUUUACUUAAAUUAAUCUG